UCGGGUGGGAAAAGCGCAUUACGUGAUUUAGACAGCCGUCAUCAUAUCUGCAGCCUGAAGCAGCACAGAAAGGUGUAGAAAUUAUACACAAUGGUGUUGUUUACGAUGAUCGCGCGGUUAGCGGAUGGACUUCCUCUGGCUGCGUCCAUGCAAGAAGACGAACAGAUGGGUAGAGACAUGCAGCAGUAUCAGAGUCAGGCCAAACAGCUGUUUCGGAAGCUUAAUGAACAAAGUCCAACACGCUGCACACUGGAGGCCGGAUCCAUGACCUUUCACUACCUGAUAGAGAAAGGGGUGUGUUACCUGGUGCUGUGUGAGGCCGUGUUCCCCAAGAAACUCGCCUUCGCCUACUUAGAGGAUCUCCAAGCCGAGUUCCACGAGCAGUACGGAAAGAAGGUCCCCACCGUGUCCAGACCGUACUCCUUCAUCGAGUUCGAUACGUACAUCCAGAAAACCAAGAAGUCUUACAUCGACAGCAGAGCUCGCAGGAACCUGGGCAGCAUCAACACGGAGCUGCAGGACGUCCAGAGGAUCAUGGUGGCCAACAUCGAGGAGGUGCUGCAGCGAGGAGAGGCUUUAUCUGCUUUGGACUCGAAGGCCAGCAACCUGUCCAGCUUGUCCAAGAAAUACCGCAGCGAUGCCAAAUACCUGAACACGCGCUCCACCUACGCCAAGCUGGCGGCCGGCGGAGUCUUCUUCAUCAUGCUCAUCGUCUACGUCCGCUUUUGGUGGCUGUGAGGAUGAGGAGGAGGAAGAAGAAGAGGAGGAGGGAGGAGACGUGACAGAGACCCGGACGUCGCUCCGAAGGCUGUGGAAACGAGUCGCCGUCACUCUCCUUUUCCUCAGAGACUGUUGGAUCUGGCAAUUUCGCUCCACCCGCAGUUUGCAGACUGAGCUACAGUUCUUUGAUCCUUUGUACGUUUUGUGUUUUAUUAACUGAUGCAGAAUGGUGUGAGUGACUGUGUGUGAGUGACCCUGUGUGUGAGUGACCCAGUGUGUGAGUGACCCAGUGUGUGAGUGACCCAGUGUGUGAGUGACCCAGUGUGUGUGUGUGUGAGUGACCCAGUGUGUGUGUGUGUGAGUGACCCAGUGUGUGUGUGUGUGAGUGACCCAGUGUGUGUGUGUGUGUGUGAGUGACCCAGUGUGUGUGUGAGUGACCCAGUGUGUGUGUGUGUGAGUGACCCAGUGUGUGUGUGUGUGAGUGACCCAGUGUGUGUGUGGUGAUGUGAAUAACAGUGAGGGUCGGAGAGUUUUUUCCCAAGGAAUUCGCCCACACAGAGCGCCACCUAGUGGACAAUUUGCCUAAUUUCACAAUCUGUCUGAGGCAAAGAAAAGGAGGUCACUUCAAGAAUCACUCACUCACUCACUCACUCACUCACUCACUCCCUCGCUCACUCACUCCCUCGCUCACACUCACUCUGAAAGGAGGGAUUGCAGGUUUGGUCCUCGUGUUCACAGGCCCACGUGUGAGACAGUGAGAUGCACAGCUGUGAAAACCAUCACAGUGAAGAAGAAAAAGAAAAAAAAAAGAAAGAGGACAAAAGACUCUGGUGUACUUUAGCCAUUCAGUUGACAAUAAUAAUAAUAAUAAUAAAACAGUUGAGCGUCUGACGCCUGCAGUUUCACUGUCUACUCUAAUAAACUCCAGACGUUUCGUUUGUUGUUCUGUUUGAAAUGAAUUCUGAGUUGCUUUGAGGCUCGACUCCAACAGUGCAGAAGAAUGAAAUGUGUAGGAAAUAAAAUUCAAAAAGAAAUGUUAAAGUUCAACUAAUAAAACUUUCCUGCAAGAAAA